AUGUCAUCAUCACAAGCUCAAUCUGCCAAUGUUAUUGGUAUCCAUUAUCGUGUUGGUAAGAAAAUAGGUGAAGGUUCAUUUGGUAUAAUUUUUGAAGGUGUUAAUCUAUUGAACAACCAACAAGUUGCUAUCAAGUUUGAACCAAGAAGAACUGAAGCUCCACAGCUAAGAGAUGAAUACAGAGCAUAUAGAAUACUAGCUGGUUCCCAAGGUAUACCAAGAGCUUAUUAUUUUGGCCAAGAAGGUUUACACAACAUCUUGGUUAUAGAUUUAUUAGGUCCAUCUUUAGAAGAUUUGUUUGAUUGGUGUGGACGCAAAUUAUCUCCAAAAACUGUUGCACAAGUUGCCAAACAAAUGAUUACCAGAGUUCAAACAAUCCAUGAUAAAGAUUUGAUUUUUAGAGAUAUUAAACCAGAUAAUUUUUUGAUUGGUAAAGCUGGAUCUACAAAUGCAAAUACAAUUCAUAUAGUCGAUUUUGGUAUGGCCAAAUAUUAUAGAGAUCCAAAGACUAAACAACAUAUACCAUAUAGAGAACGUAAAUCAUUAAGUGGUACUGCUAGAUAUAUGUCAAUCAAUACUCAUUUAGGAAGAGAACAAUCAAGAAGAGAUGAUUUAGAAAGUUUGGGUCAUGUUUUCUUAUAUUUCUUGAGAGGCUCUUUACCAUGGCAAGGAUUGAAAGCUCCAACUAAUAAACAAAAGUAUGAAAAAAUUGGUGAAAAAAAGAGAAAUACACCAGUUAGUGAAUUAGUUCAAGGUUUACCCUCACAAUUUGGUGAUUAUUUAACUUAUGUUCGUAAUUUGACUUUUGAACAAAACCCAGAUUAUGAUUAUUUAAGGGCAUUAAUGGAUGCUGCAAUAGAAUCAGUUGGUGAAACUGCUGAUGGUUAUUAUGACUGGAUGUCAUUAAACGGGGGUAAAGGUUGGGAUGCUCAAAUCAACAAAAAACCAAAUUUACAUGGUUAUGGAAACCCAAACCCAAGAGCAAAUCAAACAAAUCCAUUACAAGGUCAACAACAAGCUCAACAAGCUCAGCAACAACAACAAGUCCAACAAGCACAUUUGAAACAGAAAGUUCAAUCCUUAAACAAUUCAAGAUCAAGAACUCCAAAAGUGAAUCAAACAAAUUACUUGCUGAACUCAUCACAAUAUGCAAUCAAUUCAAAUAAAGCUAGUGAUCAACAACAAAACCUGAUUAAUGACCAAACAGACAUUAGAUCAACAACAUCUGAAAAAGGUUUCUGGAGCAAAAUUUGUUGUUGUAGUUAG